AUGUGCUCUAUAGGAAUGGUUAUACAAUUAAAACAAGCCAAAGAUCCCAUCGCAUUUCGCGGACUUAAUAAGUAUGUUAAUUUCUCUACGAAACUGGCUCUGGCAGAGGCUCGAAUUCAGUUCAUUGACGAAUGUGUUACCAAAUCGGUAUUUCCGAAACAGUAUUGGACAUUGUUGAGGAGAAAUCGUGUGAAGAUACGCAGUGCGACCCUUCGCCGUCUCGCUGUCAAUGAGCGUGACACGUUGUGUAAUCAUCUUGUGGAUUUAGAACGAAAUUAUGUGACUUCUGCAUGUGCGUUGGAUAAUCUUUCACCGAUUGAGAGAAAAUCUUUCAAGGAUUAUGUUCAGUCGAUCGUGGCUAAGCAAGUUGAACGCAUCCAAACCAUACUACGUCGGCGACUUAACCAUGUCAAGCCCGUGGGUGAGCUUUCUGUCAACCCUGAACAGUACGUUCAUAAUCUAUCAUGUGUAAAUCUGGACAAAAUGCUGUUAGAAGUAUUGUCUCCAGGACCAGUUUUUUAUCCUAAUGGCAGAUCUAAGCAACUUGAUGUUGAGGUGGAGUUUAAAAAUCUCUAUGCACAAUUUUCUGUUCUCGUUCCCCCGUCGAAGUUGGAUUUGGAAAAGCUGAAAUCAACCUUAGUCAAUGCAUGCUAUCAACAUCAGAGUGUGAAAGUAAAAAGAAGUGAACUAGUGACAUCGGAGCAUCUCAAACGACUCAAAGACCUGCAGAAAAACAGAGAAAUCAUGAUAUACAAGCCCGACAAAGAGGCGCGGAUCGUGCUUCUGAACCGCACAGAUUAUGUAUAA